GCUUCAUUUGCAGUGUGUGGUCAACUCGUUCGUCAUCAAACAACGCUCGUCAAUAAUUUGCUGCAUGCUGCAGGUAAUAUGGGAAUUCUCCCAGACUUGACCCAUGGGCGUGGCGCGGGCUCUGGCUUGCCACUUCCUGUUCUCCUCCUUGCUGGAGUAUCGACCUUAGUAGCAGUGACUGUGAGUGGGUUGUCGAUAUGGCUGCAGCUAAGAAACUAUAGGAAGCCCCUCCUGCAAAGGAUGGUCAUCCGGAUCAUGCUCAUGGUCCCCAUUUACGCCUUGUCAUCCCUCAUUUCCCUGUUCUCAUUGGACGCAGCAUUCUUCAUUGAUGUAGUACGAGAUAUAUAUGAGGCUUUCGUCAUUUACUGCUUCUUCGUUCUUCUGCUUGAUUAUCUGGGCGGCGAGCGCUCGCUUCUUAUUCGACUCCAUGGACGACCGCCUAUCCCAGCCAUAUUUCCUGAUGUCAGCGAUCCAUACACAUUUCUCUUCAUUAAGCGAGGAAUUCUGCAGUAUGUGCAAGUCAAACCUGCGUUGGCAAUCGCCAGCCUCAUCAUGAAAGCAACUGGAACAUAUCACGAGGGUGAUUUCCGGGCACGAUCCGGGUAUCUAUAUGUUUCAAUCGUGUACAACGUGUCCAUUUGCCUUGCAUUAUAUUGCCUUGCAGUUUUCUGGAUGUGUGUAAGCGAUGAUUUGAAGCCAUUUCGUCCAGUACCAAAAUUCCUUUGUGUUAAGGGAAUUCUCUUCUUUUCAUUCUGGCAAUCCAUUGCUGUCUCAACUCUAGUUGCGGUCGGCGUCAUAACCAAACUUGGACCAUACACGGACAGCGAACACAUAUCUCUUGGACUCACCGACACUUUAAUUUGUGUCGAGAUGCCGUUCUUCGCUAUCGCGCAUAUGUACGCAUUUUCCUAUAGAGACUUUGUCAAGUCAUCCCUAUCUGCUAAAGUCUAUGUUGCACGGAUGCGCAUGGGGUAUGCCCUUCGGGAUGCAUUUGGCCUGAAGGACCUUGCUGAAGACACUAAAGCAACUUUGCGCGGUGAAGGCAUCAAUUAUCGUGCGUUCGAGCCAAGCGAGGGCGGAAUGCACGUCGGGGCAGCGAGGGAACGAAGGAUACGAGCCGGCUUGCGUUAUUCCGCAGGCGGAAAGCGGAAAUAUUGGCUCCCGGAGGUGACAGGUCUAGGAAAUGAUGGAGACGUCGUCGCUCCACUGCUCGCGGAAGAUGCAGAGGAUGUUGUUCACAUUGCACCUGACAUGCAAUAUCAGGAACAACGGCAAACUAUACGAAUGCCCGGUGAUGACAUGGACGUGGAGGACGACGAGUAUGCGCUGCACUUCAAUGAGGCACUGGCCACCGUGGAUGACUUACUCUAUGACCACGCGAAGAAGUACGUCUUUGGCGACUACGCGUACCCUGUUGUGGAUGUCAGCUCUGAAGAAGCGCGUUCUGCGAUGUGGGCCGAGGAAGAGAGAAUUGUUAGAGAAGGAGUGCACAUUGGUGUCCACGGAAAUUCCAUUGGUGCAAGCGGCAGCAGAGGCUACGGUGCAACAGACACCCGGGUUGGUCAAAUACGAGAGUGCGAUGACGGCAAGGACGAAAUGUUUGCUUCGGAAGGUGUAGGUGAUUUUGAAGAAGGCGGUCGGAGGGCAGAAGUUGAUGCAUCGAGGAAGUUGAGGUGGUUGAAUACCAGGAGUAAUGGAACCCCAUCACCAUCAAUAUCUGGCUCGUUAAGUUCAUCUGCAAGUGGAUUGGGUUCAGGAAAACAUCUACGCUCCUCAGGGCCACCAUCCCGACAUGACUCACAGACAUCUCGUGCAUCGGGCCCGAGAUUGCUUUCUGGAAGCAAUAUCAACGUCCGCGCAUCGUCCCCAUACCUUCAUUCUUCGCCUUCGCAUUCUCGAUCGAACAUUGGUACUUCAUCACCCCGCUUACUGUCUUCGGGACCACAUCCACAAGCACCCCGUUCUCCUCAUCCUCCACUCGCGGAGCCAGACGCCGUAGACCUUGUGGUGUCUACUAAUACGCUCCUGGUGCCUUCAAGCUCGCAUGCUCCUCAUACUUCACCACGCGCUACAGGCUUAAAACGUGUUUGGGAUCAGGAAGGAGAUAUCCGCGUUGAUCCUUCGACUGGGUCAGAAGUAAACGACAGGUGGUCUAAUGACCAUCGCGCCGUCCUCAGUGAUAUACGGAAGGAGGAGCGUAAUGUUCCAGAGGUGCAUGAGCCAGAGGAAGUAGUGCGUGCUGAGACGCCACCCCCAUAUGCUCGGGCUUGGACCUAUGGGAUGCAAGAGUCCAGGAGAGGACGAAGAUAAUCCGUGGACGUGAAAUCACGACCGCUCGUUAAGGUCUCAGACGCUCGACAGGCAUGCCGAGAUACCCACUCAUAACUUAUGCACGUUGUAUAACAUUCAUGUAGCACUUUUGAUUAUCAAAGGCUGUCUUUCGAAAGUGAGUUACCGGUAUGAAAUAGCUUGGUGCGAUCAUACUUAGGUUCUCGUCAAGUCUUCCCUGAUGUGCAUGGCGACAUGCUACUUCUUAGCUACUUCUGUAGUUCAAAUUCUCUUCCCCGUGUCAAGCUUUCGCAUAAUAGCCUCCUGACAAAAUAUGUCUCUGUGGUCACUUGCCGGAUAGGCAUAUUGCACGUAUGACGUCAUUCGCUUGCUUUUUUCCAUCCUACUC